AAACACUCCAAAUUUUGACAGUGUAUAUAGUAUACAUUUGUUUUUUCGUUUUUUCUUGCUGUCAAAAUUUGCAACAAUCGCUUAUAUUCAAUGUCAAAGAAAUUACUUCCGGAGUACCUGUUGUAGGCUGUUAAUGUUGACAAGCAAGUGUGUGAUGUAAACUUGAAGUCGAACGAAUGGCGCUCUUUGUCCAGCACUUCUGGAUGUAUACUGCACACCUAUAGUUGUGACUAGGUGAUCUAGCCCAUCCCUCCUAUAGUUCCAUAGCCUGGGAAAUAUUGUAACUAUUGUGUUCAUCAGGUCCAUUGUGAGAGCACAUGUUUAUGUGACGACUAUUAAAGUGACAAUAUUAACAGAAACUAGACGAAUAAAUCUCAAUGGAAUGAUUAAUAAACUAUGACAGCGUAGUAAAAUGUACAAUAUUGGAUGAUUUUAUGGGAAGACUAUUGAAGUGACAAUAUGAUGUAGAAAGUUGAAUGUAUAAAAAAUUGAUAAACUACAGCGUUUAAUUAGGAUGUUUUAAGAUUUGUUGAACUGCAUUAUUAUUAUAAAUGUAUGAUCAGCAGACCAUGGUGUCGUUUAUUUUACGCAGUUUUUAACUAAACUUCACUAGAUAUGAAAGGAAAGAAACUUACGAUUAAUUAUCACAUAAUUUAACAGGUUUUGUGUCUGUGAUAAGGAAAAAUAGACAGUACAGUUUAAUUGGGAUAAGUUUAUACAUGUUAUUAUAUGAAUAGCCGACCAUGGUUUCGUUAUUUACCCGGUUUCUAGUUAACUUCACCAGCCGUGAAAGGAAGGAAAUUUUUUGUUAAUUAUCAACUUUACUUUGGAGGAGGAAAGAAACUUAUAGGUAAUUAUUCUGAUUGCCUUACUAUACUUUGUCCCGGUGAUAAGGAAAAUGAAAUUUUGUGAUUUUUUAAAUGGAUCUAUUUACUUACCCGAACCUUAAUUAUUACAGAAUUUACGUUAUUUCAUCUCGGGGAUAAGGAAAAACUUUUGUGAUUUUAGAAAUGGAUUAUCAGAAUUUUUUUUUUUACCUGACCAUUGAUGGAUUAACUGUCAAAUGAUGAUCUCUACACCUGGAUUAGGAUUAGCCUCACCUAUACCUACAAGAUUUACAAUAAUUAUGGAAUAGUGUGUUUUGGAUAAAUUCUUUUUGUGCUUCCAAAAGAUGGAUUAAUUGUAGUGUGUUUGGGAAGAUGACUUGAGAAAUCAACGUAAAGUAAAUCACCAGGCAUGAAUCAUCCACCAAAUUGUAAGAAGUGUCACUCACGACAACGAAGCGGAAGUCGGAUACGUCGAAUAUCGAAUAUUAUGCCGUCUCCGAUACAAGAGGCUAUCAAUAGUUACAUGCUGCCCUUUCCACCGGAGAAAAUAGCACAGGGCCAAGAUGGUUUCGAAGAAUUACGGAAAUAUAUUAAACAAGGAAGCGAAUUCUCAAAGGAAGUGGCCACCAUAAUUCAAGAAAGAGCUGAACUAGAAACAUCCUAUGCCAAGUCAUUAUCAAGACUGAGUAAAAAAUUAAGCAAUGCUGCCGCCGGUGGUGUGGGAUCAUUAUCAGAAGGAUGGGUGACAGUAGCGGUUGCCAUGGAACAAGAAGCAGAAUUACACAAGAACCUGGGUACUGGUUUAGGGGAAGAAAUAGGAAAACCUUUAAAACUAGCCAUGGAGGCUCAUAGUAAACUUAGAAAACCUAUUGAGAGUACUGUUGAUAGAUCGUUAAAAUCUUUAACAGACAGACGGACAGAGGAAUAUAAGGCUAAAAAAUCCGCUUUCUCUUGUGCUAAAGAUUAUGAAAAAGCUGAAGAUGCUGAAGUCAAAUCGGGUAAAGAUAAAGAAAUAAAAAAGAAUGAGAAGAAGUGUAAACAGUCUCGCGAUCAUGUUAAAAAAGCUGAUAAACUUUAUACCGAGUGUUGUUGUAAAGCUGAAACUGCACGACAAGACUGGGACCAUACCGUACAGAAAUGUAGUACCAGCAUGCAACAAUUAGAAGAAGAACGUUUACACAAAAUGCACGAUUUCUUAUCCAAAUACAAUAAUCAAAUAUCUGCAAUAGGUCCAAAAAUAACUCAGAUAUGUUCUCGUUUAAAUGAAUCUGUGAUAUCCGUUGAUAUAAAUAACGAUCUACAAGCUGUCGUAUAUCAGAAAGGUGUUAAAGGUCCACGACAUGCCGAACAAAUUUUAGUAGACUGCUACGCGGAAGAUAGUCAGUUUCCCAUGAAACCUGACAGACGACGAUCAGCGUUACAGAAUUAUCUCUUGUAUUUACACGCUAAUAUAGAAAAAGAUAAAAAAGGAAGAGAAGGAGCUCAGAAACUAGUUGAUGUGUAUAAAACAAGACCUAAUUUUGGUGACGCAGAAGCCCAAGAAGAGAUUUUAUUAAAUUUAGAAAAAAUAACUUAUAUGUUGAAUUUUUUAGAAGCUUCCCAUUAUAAGAUAUCAGCUUGUUUAGCUAAACAAGAUAAAAUGUCUUCACCUACGCAUAAAUUUGCACAAUAUAUUCACACUACUCGUGAUAAACAGAAUCAUUUAGUAAGUACAUUAAAAUUACCGGUGAAUCUGGCGUUAGAAGGGAGUUCUGAAUAUAGUUAUUCAGCUGGCUCGUAUUCCGGAUCUAACGAAGUUUAUUCUGAAGUGGAAGAGAGGAGAGACGAUUCAUUCGAUGAUGAGUUUGAAGAUGAUGAAGAAGAAAAUACGACUGUGAUAAGUAGAUGUAAAGUUUUAUAUGAUUAUACAGCAUCACGAAGUGACGAAAUAUCUAUACGAGCAGGUCAGAUAAUUAAUGUUUACAAUAAACAAGCAGAUGGAUGGUGGAAAGGUGAAGUUGAUAAAAAAGUUGGGAUAUUUCCGUCGACCUAUAUCGAGGAGUUAUAGAUCUAACUACGAUUUACUACAUUCAAACAUCCGCAUUGCAUAGUGCAGACGUUAUUUAUUUCACGUUAAAAGAUGAUGAUAUAUCGUCGUUGUUCCAUUCAUGAUGACUUGAUAUGGAGCAUUUGAACAUCCGCAUUGCAUAGUGCAGAUGUUAUUUAAUUCACGUUAAAAGACGAUGAUAUAUCGUUGUUGUUCCAUUCACGAUGACUUGAUCUUGAACAUUCUAACAUCCACAUUGCACAGUGCAGACUUUAUUUAAUUCACGUAAUCGUUGUUGUUCCAUUGCCAAUAACUAGAUGUGGAAUAUUUGAACAACCGCAUUGCACAGUGCAGACUUUAUUUUCACACACAAAGAAAGUUGGUGAUGUAUUUUUGUUGUUCCAUUCGCAGAAACUUAUUUAUUCACAUCACCCCUCGGCACUUGGCAGUGGAUGGAAUAAUAAGAAGAAGCAGUAAUAACUUACCUGACUCCUUUCAUCGAAUGCUGUGUGGGAUUGCGCUACCAGAUAUCCAGACACUUUCUUAAACCUGUUCUGCAACAUUUAUAUUCAUUAUGACGUGUGUGUUUUUUUUCGAUUCAGAUGGGACGAAAACAUUAGAACACUAGAUUUCAUUUCAUUUUUUUAUUAGAGUCCUUGCGAAUGACAAAGUGACUCUUGGAGAGUGGAAGAUUAACAGAAAAUAAGCAAUAUAUCUUUCUAAUCUUUUAUAAUAUAAGAAUGUGAAUAUAGCAACAUCUUUUGUAGUUUGUGAUAAUUUAGACGAAUUCGUUUUCUUAAAAAAAAGAUUUAUGUGUGGAUAAAAUAUUGUGUGUACGAUAAUAUGUAUGAACUUCCAGUACAUCGCCAAAAUAACCUGUGAAUCGGAUAUAAGUGAAAUUGUUUGUUAAGCAUAUUUUAAAAGCAGAAAUCAUGUGUUGUGUGUACGCUAAUAUGUACUUACAUAAUUGUACAUCCCAGAUAUAACCUGCAGAACGGAUAUACAUGAAACUGUUAAGUAUAUACUAAAAGUAGAAAUCAUCAUAGACCAACAUAUAUAUAUGUGUAGGACUUUGAAUUAUAUUAUUUUAUAUUGUAUAUAGAAAAGUGGUUGGAACAUUCAUCAAACCAAAUGGAACUGAUUUUUUUGUGUAUUGAGAUGAUGUAUGUGUUAAUCACUUUGUUAUAUCGCGAUAAACUGUGCUUCUUCAACGCUUAAAAACUUUAUCAAACAGGGGUCUAAGUGUUCUGCAACACUUACAAAACUCUAUCAAUCAGGGGUCUAAAUGUUCUGCAACCCUUAAAAACACGAUCAAUUAGGGGUCUAAUUACAACAUAUUGUGAAAACUCCUAAAUAUACAUUUUAAAAUGUUGAUAAUGCUAAAAAUUGUCAUAUUCCUUGAAAAAAAUAUCUUGCAAGUCGGGUGUGAACAAAAUUGAAAAUAGGUCAAAAAAUGGACAGAAAUACCUGACUAAAGGGAAAUUUUAUUCUGUUGUAAACAAAAUGGUUUAAAUUCAGACCUUAAUCAUUUUAUUGUCCUUCGAUCAUUUUCACCCAUUUAAAUGUAUGAAAGAUCAUUGCAAUAUCUGUAAAAAAUAAGUUUUCCACCAGUUGUUGAUAAUUCAGUGUUAUUUCGUCUUCCUGUUUAUUUCUAUACAGGUAUCUUGAUACAAAUACAGGUCAUAUAUUUCUAUACAGGUAUCUUGAUACAACUACGGGUCAUAUCUUCAUACAAGAUCUUGAUUCCGUAUUCAACAAGAGGUUUGUUGAGUGAGUCACAUGUUUAGUUUAGCUUGCCACAAUUUGUUCUUCCAACAUAAAAUCUCAGAAUUUGGACAAAAUCUAUUCAAAACUGUAGAAUCUAUCAUUAUCUUUACAAAUGGAAUUCUAAAGAUGUUGAGAAUCUAUUGUGGUAAUUAUUUUUGUUUAUGACACUUUAUCAUAUAUAUUUAAAGAUGCAUUAUGUACGUAAACGAUAAAAAAAACUCAGAUCACUUCUGUUAAAACAAGAUUCAUUAUGUAUUGCAGGGUUUUUUUUCUGGCUUUAAAUGUUUAUAUUAAUUAUUUAGACAUUUAUUCCCAUGAGAAGCCUAUAAUCAACUCUUCAGGCCGUAAGAUAUUAAGUGAAUUAAAAAAUGUCUGCCAUAUUAAGAUAUUUUCACUAUUGCUUGUUAACACUUUAAACAUUAACAACUCUGAUCAUAAUUAAGUAAUUUGAAUGAAAUUUUCAAUCUAUUUAUGUUCAAUGAUUCAUUUAUUAAACUAUUAUAGUAAGAUCGUCCAGCUCUUUAUAUAAAUCUUACAUAAUGCAUCUUUAAUAGAAAUAUUUUAAAUGAAAUUUUAUGUAAAUGAUGACAGAUCAGAUAUAAUUUUGAUUUGUAUGUUUAUCUUUCAGGAUAUGGUAGACAAUCUUCAUCCAUUGUUUUAACUAUAUAUGUAGAUCUGACUCAUCUAUAUCACAUUACGUACCUAAAGCAUUGUUCAUCAUAUUACAUUCAAUUAAAGUAAUUCACUAGUUGUCUUGUAUACGUCCGUAUGAAAAUUAUGUUGUUGCCCCUGUCACAGAGCCAGUUAUAUUUAAAUCUUGUUUUUGUCAAAUAAACGAUCAACUGCUAAUGUUGGGUUUAUAACUUUAAUUUCUAGAGCAGUGUUGAAUAAUUAAUUAGUCUGUUAAUUACUCAACGCUUUUUGAGAAAGUAAACAGUUAUAAACCCAACACUCGUUAUGUAAUCUAGACAGACCAUUUUAAACUACUCGACAGUAGGAACCAAAUGGUUUUCUAUGAUUCUCAAUGGAUUUGAACAGUUCUCCAACAAUGGUUUGAAACUAAACUUUAAAUACAGAAACUACCCCUAAAACAGAACAACUAAACGAUAUCCAAGUUGUAGUGUAAAAUGCUAAUUAGUAAAAUCUUAAAAAUGUGUCGAAGACUGUUAUAAUUUAAUGUUUCUAGAAUUGCUUUCUAUAAUUAAGAGCAAUGGCUAAUGAACUUAUAAUGAUAUAACGAAGCCUGUUAUAUUUAGAUCUUAACAAAUGUUCUAUAUAUGUGUGUAUAUAAUAGUAUUGUAUAUUUAGUAUUAUAGGAUGUAUGUACAUAUAAGGACAACACUCUGGUAGAUAAACAUAUAUACCACACUUAUUAUAUACAAUCAGGUUGUCAUAGAGAUUAUUAUUAUUAUUGUUAUUAUUAUUAUAUUAGUUCCAAACAAACAUAUAAAAUCAAACAUAUCUAAAAUGAAA